AGAAUUGUAGCACUAAAUUUGAAAAUGCUUAUCUUAUCUGAUGUGUUUCUUUGUAUACAAACAGUCCUAGGAGACCAUGAAUCUGGAUAAACACGCGUAAUUGUUAAUUUGUGGAGAUAAGCAGUAAUUAUUACUUGGAGUAUACAUUCUCAUUUCCGUAAAUGUGCAUGGAAGUAGAUUUUUUCGUGCAACUCCAUGUUUAACACAAAUAUCAUAAAAUGUCGCGAAUUCAUUGAUCGUCUAACGAUGGAAUUCCGGAAUAUAGUCGAUCCAGACUCCUUGAUUUUGAAGGUGGAAUUUCUGGAUGUUGAUGACCAAAUUAACUAUAACUUAGAUCUUAUUUGCAAAUACAGUCUGAUAGACUAUAGGCCAGUAAAGGGAGAUCGCAUAGCCCUCUACAAAUGUGGUUGGAGUUUCAUCGAUGAUUACUGUCUCUUUGAAUGGGCUCCAGUCAAUGAACAAUAUGUGAUUUUUAAGAAUGGAAACUUACCAAGGAAUAGUCAAAUUUUCUAUCAGCUAUGCUACUUGUCCUUUGAAAACAAAAUUUUAGGUGCAAGCAAGUUGUUUCAAUUAGUAAAUAAACAAAGUAAUAAUUUAAUUGCAUCCAAUAAUUUUCCACCGCCUACUUCUUUGGUGAAUGGAAUUAGCGAAGCUACAACUGAGAAACCAGAAGGGAGUGGAAAUGAAGCUACUAACAACUAUGUAUGCAAAAAAUGCACACAAUGCAAUUCAAACAAUUAUCUGUUGAAACGAAUUGAGCAAUUGGAAUUGGAGAAUUAUAAGCUUAAGCUGGCAGUGAAACAAACCUUUGUUGAGAAGAAUUAUGAUGAGCAGUUUUUGGAAUUGAAGAAUUCUGUUAAGUAUUUAACUGAUGUUGUUACCCAGCAAGGAAAUGAGAUUGAUAUGCUGAAGAAUGGGCAACAAAAGAAAGAGAAUUUUGAUAGCUGUGUAGAAGUUAAACCAUUGAAUGAAACUGUUGACAGUCAUAAGAUUAAUGUAGGUGUUAAUCUAGACCUUUGGGAGCUGGAAUCAAUUCCACCUUUUCCUUAUUCCACAUAGACUAUGGAUUUAUUGUGAUAAUAGACAUUAACUUUCUUUAAUCUGAUUUAUUGAUUAGCUUGUGCUAUUCCCACUGCAAAUAUAUGACAUGAACAUCAUAUACACCAAGAAUUGGAGAAAUUGAGUGGCACAGAAAAUUAUUAAUUUAACAUGCUUUGUAACAUUAUUAUUUUGUUGAAAUUAAUAUUAUUGGAAAUA